AUGGGUGCUGCAGCUCUUCCAGUGUGUAUUUUUACAUUAUUUUGGGGUGUAAUUGGAAUUGUUUUACCAUUUUUUGUUCCCAAGGGCCCUAAUCGGGGGAUUCUUCAAGUUAUUUUGAUGCUGACGGCAUUUACUUGCUGGCUAUUCUGGCUAUGCUGUUAUAUGGCACAAAUGAAUCCAUUGAUUGGACCAAAACUAUCUAAUGCCACUUUACUACUGAUGGCACGUGAAUGGGUAAGACAAUAUUGA